AUGGAGGGUCUGAUUCAAUGUUCUGCGAAUUACGUGCCCUUGUCUCCUAUAUGCUUCUUAGAGAGAGCAGCUGUUGUUUAUGGAGAUAAAGACUCCAUCAUUUAUGGCACGGUGAGGUAUACCUGGAGAGACACUCUUCAACGAUGUGUCAACCUGGCUUCUGCUCUGUCACGUCUGGAGAUUUUCCCUGGUGAUGUGGUCGCAGCUUUGGCCCCAAACAUACCAGCCCUCUACGAAUUGCAUUUUGGUGUUCCAAUGGCUGGGGCAAUUCUAUCUGCUCUUAACCCAAGGCUGGACUCAACCAUGUUGGCAUUGAUACUACAGCAGUUAGAGGCCAAAAUCAUUUUUGUAGACUACCAAUUCCUUCAAGUCUUCCUACAAGCAUUAGACAUUCUCUCAGAGGCCAAAAUUAAGCCACCCAUCCUUGUCCUGAUAUUGGAGUGUUGUCAUCCAGCAACAUUCUCCAGUACUAUUGAAAAAAUCCCAGCUGGUAACUUGGAUUAUGAUGGCCUUCUUGCUAUGGGACAGCCUGAUUUUGAGAUAAUACGACCCAGCAAUGAGUGUACUCCCAUCUCUGUGAAUUACACUUCAGGCUCUACGGGGAAUCCGAAAGGGGUAGUAUACAGUCAUAGAGCAGCCUAUCUCAAUUCCCUGGCCGUAAUAUUUCGCAGUGAUUUGAAACAAAUGCCUGUGUUUCUAUGGACAGUUGACAUGUUUCGCUGCAAUGGCUGGUGCUUCCCCUGGACAGUGGCUGCUCUUUGUGGAACCAAUAUCUGCCUUAGAAAAGUAUCUGCCAAAGUCAUUUAUGGUGCUAUAUUUCUUCACAAUGUAACUCACUUUUGUGGUGCGCCUUCCCUUUUGAACUUAAUUGCAGAUGCAGCAGUCACUGAUCAGAGGCCACUUCCCCACAAGGUUGAUAUAGUGAUUGCUGGUGCCUUGCCACCACCUCAAGUUCUCAUGAAGGUUGUAGAAUUGGGAUUCAAUGUGACGCAUUCAUAUGGGAUGACAGAAGCCCUUGGUCCUGUGACAGCCAGACUGUGGCACCCAGAGCCAAAUUCUUACCAACACGCAAAGAUAAAGUGUUGCCAAGGGCUUCACAACCUGAUAAUGGAAGGGGUUGAUGUAAAAGAUCCAAGUACCAUGAAAAGCGUACCACGUGAUAGGAAAACUAUCGGCGAGGUGAUGUUUAGGGGGAAUACUAUGAUGAUGGGGUACCAUAAAAAUUUGAAAGCCACUCAAGAAGCUUUUAGAGGCGGGUGGUAUCGGACUGGGGACCUCGCAGUCAUGCAUCCCGACGGUUACAUACAGAUGAAGGACCGCUCCAAGGAUGUGAUCAUUUCUGGGGUAAAGACUAUAAGCACCAUCGAGAUAGAGGCAGUGCUAGUUGGUCAUCCAAUGGUUAUGGAGGUCGCUGUUGUUGGAAGACCUGAUGAUUGUUUGGGAGAGACGCCAUGUGCGUUUCUAAAGUUGAAGGAAGGGUGUGCUACAAGUGCUGACGAGAUCACUAAUUUUUGUGCAGAGCGAUUGCCGACUUAUAUGGUUCCCCAAACCAUAAUUUUUGGAGAUUUACCGGUCAAUUCCACUGGAAAGAUACAAAAAUUUGUUCUCAGGGAAAAGGCUAAGGCGGUAGGCAAACUUCCACCCUGAUGAUCUAAAAAUCGCAGUUGUCUUUUGAUAAAAGACAUGGUGUUUUAUGGUUGAUAUAUGUAUAUAUAUGA